CAAAAAAUGGAAACCAAAAAAAAAAUACAAAUUUGGAAAAAAGAAAGAAAGAAAGAAGGCGUAGAGUCAUUUAUUUCGAUUCAGAUCCAAAAUAGCAGUGGGUAGAAAACGAAAACGAAUCGAGGGAGCUGAAACAAAAUCAAUCGAAUCAAUUUUGAAAAUGGCGACGGUGUCCCCUCUGGCCAAAUACAAGCUCGUCUUCCUGGGCGAUCAGUCCGUCGGCAAAACCAGCAUCAUCACCCGCUUCAUGUACGACAAAUUCGACACCACUUAUCAGGCUACGAUUGGAAUCGAUUUUCUGUCAAAAACGAUGUACCUUGAAGAUCGGACAGUUCGUUUGCAGCUCUGGGAUACUGCAGGGCAAGAAAGAUUUAGGAGUCUGAUUCCAAGCUACAUCAGGGAUUCUUCUGUUGCAGUAAUCGUCUAUGAUGUAGCCAAUAGACAGUCAUUUCUGAACACUAAUAAGUGGAUUGAGGAAGUACGAACAGAACGGGGAACUGAUGUCAUCAUCGUGCUUGUGGGGAACAAGACUGAUCUCGUCGAUAAAAGGCAAGUCUCGAUAGAGGAAGGAGAUUCAAAAUCUCGCGAGUUUGGAGUCAUGUUCAUUGAAACUAGUGCAAAAGCAGGAUUUAACAUCAAGCCUCUAUUCCGUAAAAUUGCUGCUGCUUUGCCAGGGAUGGAAACCCUUUCUUCCACAAAACAGGAAGACAUGGUCGAUGUAAACCUGAAACCGACUGUUAACUCGUCCCAUACAGAGCAGCAAGGAGGAGGUUGCGCAUGCUAGGCGAUGGCUAUUCACUUAUUCGAAGGAAAAAAGAGAAAUCUAUUAGCAUGAUCAAAAUCUAGCCAACAUAGUGAUUUACAGCAGUGUGAAGUGGCCUAGGUCUUAAUGCUUUCUGUUCCAUCAUGUAUCAGGCGGUUUUCUAAGUAUUCAUAGGAAACUAAUGGUAGCAUUUCUUGUGUUCUAACCUACUAGUAAAUGAGAGCUUGGCUUGUUUGUUAUA